AUGAGCUCCGCCGUGCCUGUCCAGCCGCGGGGCUUGAGCUCGCUGGGCUCCUCAACUUCGAUCCGCCCUGCGCAGCCCAUGCCCGCGCCUCUCAGCCGCAUCGCGCUUGCUGCUAAACAAAACCAGAUCCUUGCCCUCCAAGCGCUCCAAGCUGCCGCUGCUUCCGCAUCAGCUUCAUCGUCCUCUUCUUCGUCUGCCGGCGGUUCUCCGCCCCCAUCAUCGUCGUACGUCAAGUCUUCCGCUGACAGCAUCUAUGCCGUUGGCGCAAAGCGUGGUCGCAAAUUUCAAGCAUUCCGAGCGCCUCCGCUCUCCCUCGUGUCCAAAGGCGCGGCGAUUGCCACACCCUCACAACGCACUUCGGACAAGCUCGUACCACUCAUCACCACCAGCGUUCCACACUGGUCCGCCGAGGGCUCACAUCCACUCUAUGACCCCAACUCGGGCAAGCGUUCCGAGAUAUACUCGCUCACCAACGACCGUUAUCCCGGUGCGCCCGGCACCGCGCUCGCCAAAGCACGUGAGGCUCAACAAAAAGCCAUCCAGUCUGCCAAGCGCGAAGCGGCCAAGAAGUUGGCGUCCAAGGCUGAACUCGAGCAUCUUGGCGUCAAGGGCCUGGGCAAGAAGCGCAAGAGCAGCAGUCCGUAUGCUACCGUUGCAGGCGCACUUCAGACAACUACUGUUUCUCAGACGGCGUCGUCGAGCACCGCCAAGCCGGAAGCGGCGUCUCCAGCCAUGAGUCGUGACUCUUCUAGGAGUCGCAGCUCGGCCAACCCGACAUCCGAAUCUCAUCUCACGGUCCCUUCAAGUCGAUCGCGCCGACCCGCCUCAAGAGCAUCCUCACCCGCGCCUAUCACAGCUCAGGCGUCGGUGUCGGCAAGACGCGCGGGUACACGCUCAGGAUCAGCCGCUCCGGCGGAAGAAGAAGCAAACCGCAAUUCGCUUUCGCGUGGCACAAGUCCGCCAGAGGUCAGCAAGAACCACCAUGGGUUGGCCUCGACUGCACCUUUCCAAAGCAGUCCCCUCGCUGCUAGCGCCAUCACCAUGGAGCCCCUACUCGACCAUGACGAUGCCGAUGCAAACGAGACCAAGACCAGCGCUUCCGAUGCCGACGCAUCGUCGCCAGCUGUGCGCGCGACAGCUGCCAACAAACGCAAGGCAAGCGCGCUCAGCCAAGAGGUGCACGCUGAUGAUUCGACCCGCAACACGCUCUCAGACUCUCUCGAUGAAGUCAGCAAGCGACUCAAGGCCGAUGAUGGCCAAGCGACCGAGAUUUCAGCAGUGGAAGCAGCCUCUCCGAAGACGGUCAAGGAAGGAUCUCCCUCCUCUGUUUCUUCGAGCCGUCGCACGUCGCCGAGGAUGGCUUCGCGCAAUGUCGUUGCUGGCGCCGUUUGA